AUGUUAGCUGUUCUGCGAGCUGGCGGCACGUGCGUGCCCUUAGAUCCAGGUCAUCCCCCAAGUCAUAUCCAGACUAUUGUUCGCUGGACAAGAGCUAAAUUGGUUUUGACAUCUCCCCGAACCCGCUAUCUUAUCCAUGCAGACUGUGGUGCUGAGGUGAUAACUCUACCCUUACAGGGGCUGGCAGCACACGCGACCGCCAAAACUUGGACAGAGCCCUCCUACCACGAUGCUGCAUUUGUCAUGUUCACGUCUGGCAGUACGGGUGAGCCCAAAGGAACCAUCAUGGAGCAUGUGAAUCUCUGUACAAGCAUCCGAGAUCAUAGCCUGCCGUUGGGCAUCAGCUCAUCCAGCCGCGCUAUACAUUUUGCCUCGUACUCCUUUGAUGCUAGUAUCUACGAAGUGUUCUCUGUGUUAGCCAACGGGGGCUGUGUCUGCAUUCCUUCCGAAUCAGACCGUGUCGGCAAUUUGGCUGGGUUUAUGCGCGAGGCGCAUGUUAAUCAUGCCACCUUCACGCCAUCAAUCAUCAAUCGACUGCUCCAGCCUGAGCAAGUUCCAGAGCUUGAAACAAUUAUCUUGGCGGGAGAGGUAGUUACUCAAGAUAUUGUCGACGUCUGGUCACCACAUUGCAGAUUGGUCACUGGAUACGGACCUGCAGAGGCAACUGUCUGUGCUGCCGCUGGCACUAUCGAUGCCAGCUCUUGGGCCGCUGGCAUGAUAGGGCCCGUGACCGGAGGUGUUGGAUGGGUUACUGUACCAUCGGACGUGUCUCGUCUUGCACCCAUAGGUGCUGUGGGGGAGUUGGUGAUUGAAGGGCCGAUUGUCACUCGUGGCUAUCUGCAUGACACAGCACGAACGGCUGCAGCAUAUAUAAGUCCGCCGCAUUGGUUGAUUGGAUUUCGGGGGAAAGAAAAGCCAGGUCGGCUCUAUCGCACCGGCGAUUUAGUACAGUAUACCGAUAACGGAUGGAUACGAUUCGUGGGUCGAAAAGACACACAAAUCAAAUUGCGCGGUCAGCGCAUUGAGCUAUCGCUCGUCGAACAUCACGUACGACAGUGCUUCAGGGAGGCAGCGGAUAUCAUCACCGAUAUCGUUCUACGUGAGGGGAUUCCUACACUGAUCGCGUUCAUUGCCCAGAUACCGUCUGAUAGUGGUGAGGAUGCUGAUAAUCCUGGCGACGCUUGUAACGGCUGCAGCUUGUUUCUGAAAACCUGCACAUCGUUUCGAGCGCACGUCCAGGCAGCGACCGCACAACUAAAAUCUCUAUUGCCCGUGUAUAUGGUUCCUACCAUAUUCUUACGUCUCGCGUACGUGCCACGAACAAGAAGCGAUAAGUUGGACCGACAACAUCUUCGUGACCAAGCCUCCCGCCUUUCUAACGAUCAGAUCCAAGCCUUGUCGGCGAGUUCGGAAGGUUUCCUAUCAAGCACCUUGCAUCCUCCACGGUCAGCGCGGGAGCGCGUAUUCCAGCAGCUCUGGGCCACAGUUCUGAACAUCUCCGUGGAUAGGAUUGGAACCCAAGACGACUUUUUCGAACUGGGCGGUGACUCCAUCCAAGCCAUGAGAAUUAUUAGUUUGUUAAGGAGAGAAGGGCUGACACUGGAUGUAUCCGAUAUCUUUGCGUGGCCAGUGCUAGAAGCUCAGGCCCACGGUGCGCAGGAAUAUGCAAAUCUAACGGAGAUGGAGCCGUACUAUCCCGGGUCGCUUCUCAAUAUCAAGCCUGAAGAUCUUGGAGCCUUUGCUGUCUGCGAACUAGCUCCAGCCUGUCCAGGUUUAGAGGUCGAGGAUAUAGAAGACAUCCUUCCUACCACAGAGUUUCAACGUCAUUUCCUGAAACAAUCCGAGAUUCGGUGGUUGCAGCUUCCUCUGCCGAUGGAGAUUGACUCUGCACGCCUAGAGAAGGCGUGCCAUGUUUUGGUAGAUCGGCACCCCUUGUUUCGCUCUGUAUUUCUGCCAUAUCGCGGCGGAUACUUGCAGGUACUCUUUCGGCGUCUCCAGUUCCAACUCAUACAGAUCAGGUGUGAUGAGGAGCUUGACGCAUUUGUUGAUCGCAUUUGCUUGAGUAACUCCUCAGCCGGAGUUUCGUGGGGAACACCUUACUUCCAGGCUUUGCUCAUAACGAAAGCUCCGUCGAAGUCAGUCCUACUCAUACGCUGCAGCCAUGCCCAACACGACGGAGAAUAUCAGACUUUGAUAAUCCAGGACCUUAUUUCGGCAUAUGAGAGAGGAGGACUCGACGAGGCCCCUCCUCCCUCAUUUGCGCUGUACUUGCGGCACCGCCAAAAGCAGGCGAAUCCGCAGACAUACGAGUUCUGGAAGCAGUAUUUGCAGAACAGUACAAUGACUGCCCUCAGUCUCACAGGAUCAGACAGCAAUCUGUCCCUCGAGGUCAACAGAACCAUUCCUCUUCCCACACCACCCCGUGGGAUCACCAUAUCAUCCCUCGUGAAGGCCGCCUGGGCCGUAGUUCUAGCUCAAGUCACCAGACAACGGGAUGUUGUAUUCGGCCACGUCCUAAACGGGCGCGACACGCCCAUUGAGGGCAUCCAUGCUAUUUCUGGGCCCUGCACGACUAUCUCCCCACUUCGAAUCUCCAUUCGCUUGCCUUCCGAAAACGCGGCCCUCGAUCUUUUGCAUCACGUGCAAGAUCAAUACACACGAGCCUUGCCAUAUGCUGGAGUAGAUUUUGAGGCAAUCCGCGAGCACUCGACGUCGUGGCCUGCGAAUGCAUCCUUCUACAGUGUUCAAGCGCAUCAGAACGGCGCCGCCAUGCGCACACGUUUCAAAUUCCACGGUCAUGACUGUGCUUUGGGAUAUCGUAUAAUAGGCGGCAUGCCAUUAUUAUCGGUGUCGACGUUCCCUUUGCAGGAUCAGGGGCAAUUGAAGGUCAGCAUUAUUAUCUCCAGUCGACUGGGGAGUUUGGAAGACAUUGAGGAUCUGUUGGGUCGAUACUGCUCGGCUAUAGGGAAUUUGGACCGUGGAGUGAUUCCUCUUUGA